CGCAGCUCUCGCGAGAUGUCGGCGGCCGCUGCCUAUAAGUCGCAGGACGUGGGGCAGCCGCCUCAGUGCGUGGCGGCGGCGGCGGCGGCUUCUCGUCAUUCUCCCUCGCUCCCAGCCCCGGCUGUGUAAGACUGAAGACCUGAAAAAAUGGCAUUAGCAGCAAUUGAUCCGCAACAGAACAUUGUAUCAAGGGUAGCAAACCUUCCUUUGGUGAGCUCCACCUAUGAUAUGGUGUCGACAGCCUACGUUACCACAAAGGAUAACCAUCCGUAUCUGAAGUCAGUAUGUGAGAUAGCAGAGAAAGGAGUGAAGACAAUUACUUCAGUAGCCAUGACAAGUGCUAUGCCUAUCAUCCAGAAACUGGAACCACAAAUUGUAGUUGCCAACAACUAUGCAUGUAUGGGUCUAGACAAAAUUGAAGAGAGACUGCCUAUACUGAAUCAACCCACUGACAAGGUUGUUGCCAAUGCUAAGGAUGUAGUUGUUGGAGCCAGAGAAGCUGUAACAACCACUGUGACUGGUGCCAAGGAAACUGUUGCUCACACAAUCACUGGAGUUGUGGGCAAGACUAAAGAAGCGAUGCAAGACAGUGUAGAAAUGACCAAGUCCGUUGUUAAUGGUGGCAUUAACACUGUCUUGGGAAGUUGUGUGGUGCAGAUGGUGAGCAGUGGAAUGGACAGUGCUCUCACUAAGUCGGAGACCCUAGUAGACCAGUAUCUCCCACUCACAGAAGCAGAACUAGAAAAAGAAGCUGCAAAAGUUGAAGGUUUUGAACUUGGAGUUCAAAAGCCAAGUUACUAUGUUCGGCUAGGAUCUCUGUCAUCAAAGGUCCGUGCACGUGCCUACCAGCAAGCCUUAAACAAAGUUAGAGAUGCUAAACAGAAAAGCCAGGAGACGAUUUCUCAGCUCCACCAUACUGUUAAUCUGAUCGAGUAUGCCAGAAAGAACAUGAAUAGUGCCAAUGAGAAACUUCUUAAUGCUCAGGAAAAACUGUAUCAAUCCUGGGCAGAAUGGAAGAAAUAUACAGGUCAAAAUGAUGGUGAUGAGUCGCAUAGUGCUGAGCACAUAGAGUCGAGAACUCUAGCUAUUGCACAGAGCCUCACUCAGCAGCUUCAGACCACUUGCCUCACACUGGUCUCAAGCCUACAGGGUCUGCCACAGAAUGUGCAGGACCAGGUUUACAGUGUUGGGUCAAUGGCAGGUGAUGUCUACCAGAUCUUCCGGUCAGCAUCCUCUUUUCAAGAACUAUCAGAUGGCUUUCUUGCUACUAGCAAAGGACAACUGAAGAAAAUGAAAGAGUCUCUGGAUGAUGUGAUGGAUUAUCUUGUUAACAACACGCCGCUCAACUGGCUGGUUCCAGAUUUCACUAUUACAGACCUCUCUUCAGAGUCAGAUGAUAUCCCAGACAUUUUGGAUUUGGAUGAAGAUCAACAAGACUUUUCACGCACAAAUGGCCCAUACACCACAGGGCAAAGAGUUGAAUGAAGAAAAGCAGAAAAACAUCUUUUUGAUACAAUGUAUUUUUGCCAUGUUUAACAUAUGUUUCUCCUUUUUGAAGCUGAUCCCACCUAGCUUCGGACUUUUUAAAAUCAGUGCUGUUUCACUUAGCUGCAUCAAAACUGAUUAUUACCCCCUGAGGAUUACACGCUAGGUUAAUUCAUUAGCUUGUGUGUCACGCUCCUGCUCUAUAAACCAGGUAUAGCUUAGCCAGUGCAUCCAACUGAUCUAAUCUUUGUUAAAUAUUUGUAUAGCUGUUUGUUCUCCUGUUGGCAACAGCCAAGAGAACACGCCAGUGCUUUGCAUAAAGGGCUGCCAACAAAAGGAGUUGAUGAGGAUUUGCCCACGAAGUUUCCCCUUUGAAGUCUACAUGGAAAGCUCUUCUGCAUCUACCUCUUUGCUGCUGGAAAGGACGGGAGGCUUUGGCCGUCUCAGAUUCUCUCAGUUUUUUUUUUUUUUUUUUUUUUUUGUUAGGCACUGUGCCUACAGAGAUUAGAGUAGGGUCCCUUUGGGUGCUUUAUCCAAGGGUGCUUUAUGCACGAAAGGAUGUCCUUUCUCUCUACAUGCCUUCUGCGUGCAAAAAAUUUGGUCAUCCUGAUAGUAUUGGUUAUGGGACCUGAGACUAGAAGAGGGUAAAUGCUUAGAAAGGGAUGUUCCUUCCAGAAGGAAGGACGGGAGCUAAAAAUGAAAGGGGAAGUCGUUGGAAAGAGCGAGGGAAAAGGGAAGAGACAGAAACAGGUUUGGACAACAGAAAAAUAAUUAAAAAAAAUAAUAAUGACGGUCAAGAGAGGGAACUGAAGGUAGAGGUAUUUCCGGUGUCAGCGAUAAUCUUUUUUUUAACGAGGACCCGGGCUAGCUUCCUGUAGCAGCGGGGGCGGUGGGCACCCGGCGAGCAGCGCCCGCCGCACGUCUCUGUGGGGAUCAGGCCGAGCCCGCGGCCGCACGCUGGGGAUGUGACGGGGCCGCCGGGCGGGCUGCUGCGAGAACUUCCAAGUCACGGAAAUGCCUUGAAAUAAAAGACUGAACUGCGCA